AUGACCCCCGCUGUUGCUGACUUCGUACAAGAGUACAAAACUAAAAGAUGGAUCUACGAUCGUAAUACAGCAGCGACCGUUAAAAUAUGCAACGAGAUGCUUCAAGCCGAGCUUCUCCCGGGGGUUAUCACCCACCGGAUAAAGGAGCCUUCUAGCUUGGAGCGCAAACUUCUUCAACGGGAGAGUUAUUAUGGCCGACGGUAUCCGUCGAAAGAAGCCAUCCAAGAAGAGAUUGCAGACCUAGCGGGAGUUCGCAUCGCCGUGUGCUUUCCUCAGGAUAUUGAACGCGUCCACGACGCGCUAUGCGAACGAUUCGACAUGGAGUUAAAGAAAAGCUAUGGAGUAGGAGACUCCAGCAAGAUUCUCCAGCGUCCAGGGUAUUGCGCCACCCAUUGUUGGGUAUAUUUGAAAGAGGACGAGCCACAGGCACGGGACGGACCAUACAGGAGGAGAGUCGAAAUCCAAAUCAUUUCUAUGUUGCGACAUGCCUGGUCUCAAUUUGAACAUAACGCGGUUUAUAAGGCACAAUCCAAAAUGGAUACCGAGGAUCGCCAGAUACUGCAUUCAUUGAGCGGUGCCAUUCACCGCGGAGAACGGCUCCUGAACUGUAUGUCCGAGAACGAAGGCGUCCGACAUCUAUCGGCUGAUCUGCUAUUUGAAUUGGUGUAUGAGGUAGGAUGCUUGGUUGUGGAUGCGGCCAAACAGGAAACUCGAGCGCGGGGAAGUGCAAAACCCUUAGAGGAGUUCUUGCGAAAUUUGAAGAUGGCGAGACCUCAGCCCUCGUCCCGUUCCAUGGUAAAGGCAUCCUUAUAGGAUAAUACCAAGACACUGCGUGUAAAACGCGUCCAACACCGCAAGGCUUGGAAGAGGUUCAAGGGCAACA